AUGAGGAUAGAAGGAGAAAAAGGUGUGAAAACACAAUCCGGCCAAAACAUUGGCCGCGGACGCGCAAAAGAAAUUUGGCCGAGAAAUUUCCAUCGGGCCGACCGCCGGUCGAGCCGGGAAGGAACGGCCAUGCUCGGCCGGAUGACUUGCGCGACAAACCGUCCGGCGCACGCACGGACAGGAAGAAAGGCCGCGCUCGGCCAAAUGUAUCGGAACGGACCGACCGUGCCGGUCGAUCCGGGAAACAAACGCUCGGCCUCGGCCAAAUUUCUCUCGCGAAUUUGGCCGACCAAAUCGCCGCACGAUCGCGAAAAUCAUCGGCCAUCGGCCCAAACUUUUCUCGGCCAAGGUAAGUCCCCUUUUCAUUAA